GGCUCUGCGACAACUCAUACCUAGUAUUGGAUUUCUCCCUGCCCCCCUUCCCCCCUUGUUAUAACCCCUUAGGAUUAGAUAACUUUCAACAACUCCCCAAAUCGGUAGUUACAGCCCAUUCCAUUUCAUUUCACCAUGGCUCAAUAUAUCAGGUCGUCGUUCCUCAAGCAGCUCAAACGGGCUCAUGAUACCCAACGAGAGCAGUUUAGACUUGAUAUGGACAUCAAAGGCACGGGCGAGCCUGAGCGAUUUGCCUCUUUCUAUUCAAGAUGAACGACCACGAAGAACUAUUCCUCUGCGGGCUUUCGUCACUUCGCUUCUAUGCCUAUUUGUUUUGGCACUAACAUUGGGGGUGGGACUUGAGCUCGGAUUUCCAUGGUACAAGACCAUCUUUGCGGCGCCGUCGGGUGACGAUAGUGGUGAUUACAGUGCAUUCGAGGAUCUUGAGUUUGUCCCGAUAGAUAAGCUCAUUAAUAAGGACGAGCUCGACCUCAAUACCGACUUCGCUACAUCAAAUACACAAGGCCAGAUCCGCGAGUAUACCUUCAAUAUUACCCAAGCACUUGCGGCGCCAGACGGGUUCCGCAAACCCAUGGUUCUCGUCAACGGACAAUCCCCACGACCACUCAUCGAAGCUAAUAUCGGCGACACGAUCCGGGUGCAUGUUAAUAACUUCAUGGCGAAUAGUAGCACGGCAAUCCAUUGGCACGGAAUAAACCAACAGGGGACACCGUGGAUGGAUGGUGUGGCGGGUGUAUCUCAAUGCGGCAUACCGCCGGGAGAGAGCUUCACGUAUGAGUUCCAUGCGAGGGAUCAAAGGGGCACGUUUUGGUGGCAUGCGCAUCGGGGAGUGCAGUAUAGUGAUGGGGCUUACGGAGCUAUUGUAAUUCGUGAUCCGGAUGAAAUGGUCCCGAAGAUAGAUGACGAGAAACUCAUUUUCGUCGCGGAUGUAUAUCAUACAUACGGAUCUACUAUACUAAAAAGCUACCUCAAACCAACCUCAAAAUGGGCGCCCACCGAAUCCGGCGUCGAGCCCCUCCCAGAUAAUAUCCUCCUCAACGGCCAAAACACAUACGACUGCUCCGUCACCUCCACCACCUUCCCACCUCCAUCCAAUUCCCCUUCCUCCUCGCCCCCAUGCACAGACGGCCAACUCUCCACCACCCAAAUCCGCCACAAACAAACAAUUCGCCUCCGCCUAAUAAACACAUCAUCAUUCCUCUCCUACUGGUUCAGCAUCGACAACCACACUUUGACAAUCGUCGAACUCGACGGCGUUGAAAUCGAACCUAUAGUUGGGGCGCGGGGUGUCUAUCUUAAUCUUGGACAAACGAGUUUCCGUUAUCAUAACCGCGGAUCAGACACCGGGACGGUAUUACAUGCGUGCUUCGGUGCCGCGGACGUGUUUUUUGCCUUAUGCUACGUAUGAGAGUAAGGGCUUGGAGGCUGGUGGGUAUGCUGUUAGGGGGGUGUUGGAGUAUCAUGAUCAAAAUCGAGGUGAUGAGCAAGGAGAAAAAGAAGAUAAUGAUGUACGGAAAUCGGAUGAACCCAUUGGGGUAGCGGGAAAUACG